AAUGCAUACGAGAAUGCAAAACUCAUUUUUAUUAUUUGCAUUCAUAAAAUUCAGGGUUACUUUUUAUAUGCUUUGUUAAUUUUUAAAAAAAAAAAUAUCUGAUUACAAUUCCAAGAUAAGAAAACAUCCGUUCAUCUUCGACAUGUGACAUUUUCGCACGAGUGUCCAGUCGUAAUAAACAAAUCCACUGGCAAGUUGGUUACUCUCUAAGUUUUGGGCAGUGGAAAUUUAGGUAAGUUUUGGGCAGUGGACAUUUAGGUAAGUUUUGGGCAGUAGACAUCUAGGUAAGUUUUGGGCAGUAGACAUCUAGGUAAGUUUUGGGCAGUAGACAUCUAGGUAAGUUUUGGGCAGUAGACAUCUAGGUAAGUUUUGGGCAGUGGACAUUUAGGUAAGUUUUGGGCAGUAGACAUCUAGGUAAGUUUUGGGCAGUAGACAUCUAGGUAAGUUUUGGGCAGUAGACAUCUAGGUAAGUUUUGGGCAGUAGAUAUCUAGGUAAGUUUUGGGCAGUGGACAUUUAGGUAAGUUUUGGACAGUAGACAUUUAGGUAAGUUUUCGGCAGUAGACAUCUAGGUAAGUUUUGGGCAGUAGACAUUUUAGGUAAAUUUUGGGCAGUAGACAUUUAGGUAAGUUUUUGUUGUGAUGUCAAGUGUUGCUGACCGGCUUUCAUAACAAAGUCGAGAAUUUGAACCAGAAUGAGCGGGAUGGGGAGGGGCAGAUGGUAGGGGGAGAUCGGAUGAGAGAAUGAUACUAAGAAAGCUGAGACUCGAUAUAAAUUUGCUCUGCUAAGUGAUGUCCACAAAGUAAUGGAUCUGUUAGUCGAUUUGACGCAUCUGAAUGAUUUAGUUCUAAAAUAAAUCUGAUCAUAUAUUGGUUUUUUAAGAAUUAAGAAAUUGUGUUUCUAUUAUGUUCGUCAUAAGUCUGUUUUAUAUUUUAAAUGUCCUGGUCUGUUGUGAUCUUAUAUUUUUUUUACACUGACAGUGAGAUGGCUUACGUGUUCAUCGUACUACUGAGUGUUCUGGCUUUUACUACCAGUGAAGUCCUUGAUCUGAACAGACUCGAGGCCAACACAUUUGGCGGUCUGGAUAUUGAUCAUGACGGGCACAUUGAACGAUAUGAAGUGAACGAAUAUAUUAAGGUUAGUUAAGCAUUAAUGUCUUAACCAAGUGAAGAGAAAUUUAAGCAAUUUAAUUUAUUGAUCAGCCGAAUACGAGACUCUUUUUCAUAGCAACCAUCCAUCCAUCCCUGAAGGCGCUACAGUCUAUUUAAGGCUUUGGCCUGCCUCACCACUUCCUUCCACUAAGAACUAACUAACGCUUUUCUUUUACAAGCUUGGAUUCCCAGCAGCUGUAGAUCUUUUCCACGUCUUCCAUCCAUCUCAGCCUUUGAGCCGUUUUCCCCUGGGGUUUUGGUGGUGCACCCUCUUCACUCCUCCGUCAUUCCGGCAUUCUUUCUAAGUGUCCCACACAGAGUAGUCCUGCCUUUUUUUUAUAUAGAUAUUUCUGCUACUAGCUUGGUAUCCUAACAUAGUAUAUACCACUCCUGGUUGGUUCCUAUUCUCCAUCCAUAUUUAUAGCACCGGUUGUAUCAAAUUUAACUUUAAUUUUGGUAAGUAUUACAUAUAGUAAGGUGCAAGCUAGGACUUAAAUACGAGACUAAAAUGUAUCGCAGGAACAGUAAUAUAUAUAAAAAAAAACAAUUAAAAAAGUAAAUCAAAACAAAAACAAAAAUAAUUUGUAUUUAUGUAAGUCUUUUAGGAUAAGUCUUGCUAAAUCUGAUAAAAUGCAAUGUUGUAUUUUCUUACCUCUAAAUAUUAAGACCAUAGACGGUGAUUACGAUGGCAAACUCUCCGACGCCGAGUACGUCAAGGCCCUGGGCCUCCUUCACAGCACCGAUCUCGUGCAGCUGCAGAUCCUCAGAAACCUCUACAAUCACCUGAACUUCGAUAAGAACAGCUUUCUGGACGAUAUCGAUUUUGACAGACUGUUCACGGACACGGAUAGUGAUGGCAACGGGCUUAUUACUCCGUUGGAAUUUAGCAGGCAAGUUCUCACGUCCGGUGCUCUUAGUUUCGAUAAGGUAUAUUUAGGAAUAAUUCCUACUUUUAUUUAGGGUGUAUUUCGUGGUAAGGGCAUGCCCUGGAUUUCAUACCUAACACAUUAUUUUUCCGUGACGCCCUUGUAAGAAAGGGUUUUUUACUUCGAGUUUUAUCAGAUAGAGUUGGCGAAAUAAAUGUGAAGCCUAAAUGAUUUU